AUGGCUGCCAAUGCGCUUCGUCUGACACGACCCUCCGUCUGGUAUCCCAGCGCUGUUCUGUGCAGGUUUUCUUCCUCGGGAAUGGACGGUAUGGGAAUUGGGUCGAGCCGCUGUCCUCUGGAGCGGCUGCCCUUCGACAACGUCGUGCUGAGGAAGCUCCCUCUGGACCCGUCCGAGGCUCCGGGAGUGAGGACAGUCCGGGGGGCCUGUUUCUCCAGAGUCCAGCCGCAGCCGCUGAAGAACCCGCGGUUCGUGGCCGUGUCCAGCGGGGCUCUGGCGCUGCUGGGCCUCAGCGCGGAGGAGGUGGAGAAGGAUUCGCUGGGAGCGGAAUAUCUGAGCGGGUCUAGACUGAUGCCAGGCUCCGAGCCCGCUGCUCACUGCUACUGCGGACACCAGUUCGGUCAGUUUGCUGGGCAACUGGGCGACGGAGCUGCCUGCUACUUGGGGGAGGUGAACGCUCCGGCUGGCCAGAGCCCUGAACUGCUGAAAGAAAACCCCAGUGGACGUUGGGAAAUCCAGGUGAAAGGUGCAGGGUUGACUCCUUACUCCAGGCAAGCAGAUGGGCGUAAAGUUUUGCGCUCCAGCAUCCGUGAGUUUUUGUGCAGUGAAGCAGUCUUUGCCCUUGGCGUGCCCACUACACGGGCUGGUUCCAUAGUGACCUCAGACUCGCAGGUCAUGAGAGAUGUGUUUUACAGCGGCAAUCCACGCAUGGAGAGAUGCUCUGUGGUGUUGCGCAUUGCUCCCACCUUUAUCAGGUUUGGUUCUUUCGAGAUCUUUAAACAGGCUGAUGAGUUUACAGGCCGACAGGGCCCCAGCUAUGGACAUGAUGAGAUCAGAACUCAGAUGCUGGAUUAUGUUAUUGAAACUUUCUACCCAGAGAUUCAGCAGAGCCAUUCAGACCCAGUGGAGAGGAACACUGCUUUCUUUAGAGAGGUAAUGCUGAGAACAGCCAGGUUGGUGGCCCAGUGGCAGUGCGUGGGUUUCUGUCAUGGAGUCCUUAAUACUGAUAAUAUGAGCAUUCUGGGGCUCACACUGGACUAUGGACCCUUUGGCUUCAUGGACCGUUUCGACCCAGACUUCAUCUGUAAUGCUUCUGACAAUUCCGGCCGCUACUCAUACCAAGCCCAGCCAGCCAUCUGCCGCUGGAAUCUGGCUCGCCUGGCUGAGGCCCUGAGCCCGGAUCUGCCAUCAGAGCGGGCUCAGGCUGUGCUGGACGAGUACCUGCCCCUCUACAACACUUUCUACUUGCAGAACAUGAGGAGAAAGCUGGGCCUGCUGAGAAAGGAAGAACCAGAGGAUGAAGUGCUCAUCACAGAUUUCAUGCAGACUAUGCACAACACUGGUGCUGAUUUCACCAACACUUUCCGCAGUUUGAGCCAGAUCUCUUGUCCUGUAGAGGGAGAGGCAGCAGAUGAUUCUGAGGCUAUCAAGCAGGCCACUGAGCUGCUCUUACAGCAGUGUGCCUCUCUACAGGAGUUGAAAGCUGCCAGCAGACCUACUAUGGACCCUCGUGAGUUAGCAAUGCUGCUGUCGAUGGCCCAGAGCAACCCCGCGCUCUUCAACAUUUUGUCAGAUCGGAAGACGGUAGCCCGGCAGCUAGAGAAGCUCUCUAGACUGAAAGAACUGUUGGAAACCACAGAGGAGGAGCUGAAGGCCAAGCAGACAGAGGACUGGGCCUGCUGGAUCAAACAGUACAGGCAGCGUCUUGCUUGUGAGUGUGAGGGAGCAAGUGACGUUAAGAUGGUGCAGGAGGAGAGAGUGCGGGUGAUGGACAGCACCAAUCCACGUGUGGUGCUCCGGAACUACAUUGCCCAGAAUGCUAUAGAGGCAGCAGAGAAUGGCGACUUCUCUGAGGUUCAAAGAGUUCUGAAAGUAUUGGAGAAGCCAUUCUGUGUGCAGGAAGGCUUAGAGCAGCCAGGCUGGGUGGGAAGGGGAGGAGUGGAAGAGCCAGGAGAGAGGGAUGAAGGAGAGCAAGGAGAGCCUGAGGAGGAUGGUAGAGGUGCGGAGAGCCGAGUGUUUGUUCCUUAUGACAGCAAGCCACCAGCCUGGGCCAAUGAAAUCUGUGUUACCUGAUCCUCCUAGGGCCUUCAGCGUGAGCUACUCGCCCACAUAUAUAGAGGAAGCGGAAGGGUUCUCUUCUCUAUGGGCUGGGUAGAUGUUGCUGAAGGCUAGUGAGGUACUGAGCUCCUGUCAACCAGUUUUAAAAUAUAGGAAGGUAUUAUUAAAAAGAUUAAUAGUAUAUAAUAUUUUAAGGGUUUGCAGCCUAUGAUGACUUGUGUCCAGAAAAUGGCAUAUUCAGAAUUUGAACUGAACAUAUUUAGUUAUGUGUAUCUAUGCAUAUUUAACUGGUUAUAAAUGAUGACUUGGACUACCAGUCUUUAAAAGACAGGUCUCAGUCUGAAAGGCAGGGGUUGUAGUACAGUACAAACCAAAGUAAAUUAGUGUGUGUGUGUGUGUGUGUGUGAGUGAGUGUGAGAGAGUGUGUGUGUGUGUGUGUGUGUGUGUGUGUGUGUGUGUGUGAGAGUGUGUGUGUUUUUGAGAGAGAGAAUCUUAAUGUCUCAACGCACAAAUUAGUGAGCAGUAAAGCUCUAAGGUUUAAGCGCACAAUUUGUUUUGCUUAAAGAUAUUAAUCUCAUACUACAGCUGUAGUAUUCUUAUGCAAUGAUUUAUUACUAAGGUCUUAUAACAAUACGCACAAGAGCUUAUGUUGGAAAAUUGAUAAGGUUUUCGCAGCUUGUUUUGCAACACAAAUAGAACACAUGCCAGAGCACAUACAUGUAAAGAGGACCAUUCUGGAACUGGUGUUUUAAAAAAAUAAUUCAAAGCAAGCACAAUGAAAGUAGUGUAAUGAAAGAGUCACAAUGAAGGUAAACAGUUGUUUAGAAAUAAAACUCUGCCAAAGCAAUUGC